AGCAAUUUCAGAUUCUUUAAUGAUUGAAUAAUGAUGGCCUUAAAUUAUGGUAAUUUUGUAGGACUUAAAUUCUCUUAUAUUGUUUAUGAACUUGAGCGAUCAGAUGCCAGUACCAAAGCACCGUCUUGGCCUGUUGGAGUUGAUGGUGUUCACCCGCCUACUAAGAUUCCUAUUCCAGUCCCGCCAUCUCCAUCAGCAAAGGGCAAUGAGCCACAGAGACGACCUCUGCAGCUAAGUGAGCAAGGCCAAGUCCUUGAGAUUGCCAUUGAAACCGCUGCAAAUGUUAUUCUAGAUCUUAAGGACAGCCUAAAUGAUUGGGACAGUAAAGUUGGUGAUGGUGACUGUGGAUCAACUAUGUAUAGAGGCGCAAAAGCCAUUCUGGAGGACAUCAAAAACUAUCCUCUACAAUUUACCCAUUUUAUUUGA